AGCACAGUCCUGUGGCUGGAUCUUUAAUCUCCUAUUAAUGAAAACUUGUGACUGUCCCCCAAGAAGUGACCAGGGCCUGUAAUAAACGUUUUUGCAAUUAUUGCCAGCUUAAAAUUUCACUUUCCCUUUUUAUUGACUUCUUCAGAUUUUUAUUUAAAAAGAAAAUUUGGAAAGAAAUCCUAAGGCAGGAUAGAAAGUGAUUAUGAAGGGAGCAUGCAUACCGGGACUUGAAGCAGAGACGGCUCUGGAGGCCUGCAGUGUCCAGCAAGCUCCUUCAGGAACCAGCCUGGCUUCUGCAGGCCCUUAUCUGAGCUCUCUGGCUCUGGGAUUGUCUUCCUCAGAAAGACUCCGACUAGGAUUUCCAGUCUUUGUGCUGGCUCUGAGGAGGUGCCUGUGACUUCAGUGUCACAGGAACAAGAAAGGCAGAGGAUCUGUGCCUGGGAGGUGUCCAGGAACUGGGCCGCGUGGGGCCUUAACCAGGGGGCAGCUGGUGGCCUGGGAGCAGGCUCUCGGGGUGAGCCCCCCUCCCGUGCAUGCCCGCCCUUGUCUAGAGCCCCUUCUUUCUCGCUGUCCCCGGCCAUCCCCAAGAGAUGCACGUGGCCACGGUGGCCGCAGCAGGGCUCCUGCUCCUGGCCGCUGGCGGGGCAUGGGGCGCCCUCUGCUCACCCACUGUCUUCUACCGGGACUGCUGGAUCCGACGCUUCCCGGGGCUCCUCAUCGACCUGGAGGAGUCUCAGAAGCUGGGAGCCCAGUUGCUGCGGUACUACUCCGAGACCACGGGCCAGCGCUGCAGCAGGAGCUGCUGUCUCCACAAAGACGUCUCCUGCAACGUGGCUGUCUUCCACCAUGACCCGGUUCAUGACAGCGUCAACUGCCUCCACGUCCACUGCCCCACGCUGGAGAGCUGCGUCCUGCAGCCUGCACCUGGUGCCAUCCUGUACAACAUCACAGGCGCUAUCGACCCAGAUUUGCUAGUUUUUGGCCAGUCACCACCUACAUACCUGCACACGCGAUCUUCCCCUAACAGCUGGGACCGACUAAGGAUCCUCAAAGCCAUGAACGCAGACCAACAGGAGCCCCCCAGGGCCAAGCAGAUGACACUGGCAACUGAGACUCCACCAUCAACCACACCUUGGGAUCUGGCUGUAAACACAAGCAGUACUACUUAUUCCAAGGAAUUAGCCACAGAUUCAUGGACACAGUUCACUUCUGUUAGCACCAAGGUCAGCGGGGGGCCACCCAGCAGACAAGAUAUCGACAACAAGACCAUCCCUCCCUCCUUUGGGCCUCCACACACAGCCCCUUCUCACACACCUGUCCCACUCCGCCUCAACAGCAGCAAACAGUCACCGAACAAGACCAAGGGGUCCAACAGCGGGAACCACACGCCCGGCAACGGAGAGGAGACGCCGCAGUGGGGUGCUGUGACUGUCACAACGUGGCGGGUCCCCGUGGCCCUGGGUAGUUCUGCCCUCUUGCUUUGCUGUUGUGCAAUCUUCCUGGCAUGUGGGUGCUGUCGUAGGCAGCAGGGCCGGUACAGUCCAGGCCAGAGAAAGCCAGGACUCAGGCAAAGUGAAACACAUAUACACUGA